AUGAGUUGCUCGUUUAAUACAAGUUCAUUUACAAUUAAUUCUGAUAAUGAAUGGGAUUCCGAUUCAUUAAGUGAGGAUGCUCAAGAUCCUGAUAAUCCAUUCACGUGGGAUUUUAAUGAUCAAAUUUAUGAAGAAUCAUCUGAUGAAAUUCAAGAAAUUGAAACG